ACUCCCAAAUUCCUCUGUUCAGAUCUUCGUAGCAAUGGAGGCGGUUUUGAUUCCCCAUAAUUUCUCUCCGGCCGCCCCGGCUGUCACAUUUUAUAGCCAUCGCCGUCGCCAUCGUCGUCGCCACCGCCGGCAGCCGCCUCGCUUCCCUUUUCCCCGUCGUUCAUUUCCCCCUUCAGCGGCGGAAUCCCAGCCGUCGUGCCGCCCAAAGGGUGUGAGAUUCAGAGACCAAUCUCUUGCCCCAAAGAAACCAAAAUCAAUUAAACGAUGCAGAGAGCUGCCGGUUGAAAUGACGGCGGAGGCUUUGAUCGUUGAUUCCACGAAUCGAAUGGGGCCGGAGCCGAGCCAUGUUCCUAAAGAUUUAUGGGUCGUUUUAGGAUUACGUUUGCCGCCGCCGCUUCCGCCGCCGUGGGAAGGUAGCAGGAGUUUGGGGGUGGCGGCAGAGAUUGAGUUUUCUGGUUCGGCGUUUAACGUUUCGCCGCCGCCGAGUAGCGUGCCGCUUCCGAAUUUCUCUCUGAUGCGGAAGCUGAAUUGUAAUGUAGAGGCCGCUGCCGGAAUUGACGCCGGAGCCACCGACAAUCUCCGGCGACUUCUACGCCUCCGAUGAAGAAUAGCAUAAUUGGUGGUCUAGUUUAGCUAACUUCCCAGCUUUUCUGUUAAAAUUCUCUUGCUGCUUGUUUGUAUGCCACGUGGGUUU